GCAGCAUGAAGCAAUCUGGAACAUCCCCUACGUCGAAGCUAUCGUGACCGGAAUGAAGGAUCCAGCCUCCUCUGGCAUCAUUACAUCUAUCGCAGAAUCUGUGUCUGCGAUGCUGUAUUGAAAAAGGGGCCUCAUCCCACCUGUUAAUCUAUGUUCAGCUUCUUCAACAUAUUUCAUAUUUCAACUCCAUCGUUAUCUUCAGUCCCAUCAUCAUCUGCCAAACCUGCUGAGCAGAGUGACACUUUUUCUUUUCACCAUGAGUCAGUGCAAAGAGAUCAAAAUUAUCAUGUCCUCUAAGCCAUUCACCACAAACACCACCGCCACCACCAAGAACAUCAGAAAGACCUCGUGUCAUGACUGUUUAUUCGGCCCUCUCAAGUCAUGGGCAAAGACGAGAUUUGGAAAGAAGCCUACAUAUGUUGAGCUGGAUGACGGCUUUGAGCCUUUACUCGAUGAGAAGAGAGCACCUAUGCCUACCUAUGCGGUAUCCAAGAUCAUGCGCAUCGCUAUACCACGAACGAUUAAACGACACAACCGUCUGCCUUGAGGAAAACAUACCAACAAAACACUCGAUCAUGAUUCAGCAAAUUCUUUUAUUCGGUCUUCUAAAGGCUUAUUAUAUGAUACGAAAAACACGAAACUAAAUAUGAGAAACGAGAGACAUUUUUAUGAAUUACAGACGUAUGGGAGUACUGCAGGUCGGUUUAUUAAUAUGAGUUAUUGGAAUUUUAUUCUGCAAAUGAAUUAUGGUUAUGGAAUACAUAAAAAGGAGUUUGACGAAUUUGCAUGGGAAUUGGUCUAUAUUUAGGGUCUUUUGAAUAUAUG